AUGAAGACACUACAAAGCUCCUCCCGGGGGCGCGGCCUCCACAGAGGGCGAGGACGGGGCCGAGGUGGUGACGCAAGGUUUGCCUCACGCUUUACGGACCCCCGCUUUCAACUCACGCGCGGAGGGCACCGCAGUGGUAGAGGAAGAGGUACAGUGCAAGAUGCAGCCAGGCAGGACCCCCGCUUUGCAAAACACUUGCGUCAGAUUCAAGGUGGAGAAGGGGACUCGGAGAAAGAAGAAGAGGAUGAGGAAAGUGACGAAUACAGUGACAUGGAGGAUGGCGAAGAGGGAGCUGAAGCGCUCUCAGAUAUAGCUAGUAGCCUAAAAUCCGAUAACGGUGGAGGGAUGGACCUCUCGGAUGAUGAAGCGGAGCAGCUUGAUGGUGAAGUUAGGGCAUGGUCACCUUCAGAUGUCGAAUACGUCGAGCCGAAACACCGCCUAGCGAUUGUGAACUGUAGUUGGGAUCAUAUAAGGUCAGUAGACCUGUACGCAGUCCUCUUCUACGCGCUGCCACUUGGUGGGCAGCUUUUGAAUGUCGCCGUGUACAUGAGUGACUUUGGUAAGCGAAUGCUUGAAUAUGAGCGGAUGCACGGACCCGACUUGUGGGAAAAGAGGGAUGAGGUGAGUGUGAAGCCACCCGCCGACGCCGACAAACCGAUCAAGGAGGGAAGCAAAAAAAAGGAUAGAAAGAAUAAGGGAAAGGAAAGUGGAAUGGACUACGGUGUUGGUGAUAAUGAGGCUGAAGAAGGUAAUAUAGAAAAAGAGCAUACAAUGGAUGAUGACCCGUGGGAAGAUGACAACAUCGCAAUGUUGCAAGAAGAAGGCGAAGAUGGGGAACUGUUUUCGGAGGGAAAGCAUCGCAAGUACGAGAGAGACCGUAUGAAGUACUACUACGCAGUUGCCACUUUUGACUCGCCUGAGACAGCAGAGGCCGUGUACAACCAGCUAGAUGGCAUGGAUAUCGAGGCAAGCGGCGUUGUGCUCGACCUGCGUUACGUAGACGAUAGUGAAGUCUUUGAGAACCCUGUGAAUAAGGCCGACCGCAUUCCUGCAAACUAUCAACCGCUUGCGGCAUUUAAGGCGGCGGCGCUGUCGCAAACACGCUUCAGAAUAUCUUGGGAUCAGGAGGAUGUGUUCCGGCACCGCUCACUGCGCGACAGCUUUACGGGUGAGACGGCAGAUGAUGACCUGGCAGCGUAUAUCGCCCCACCUGAUUCCUCUGAGGAAGAUGAAGUGGACGAUAAUGUGGAAAACAGUCGUGUGAACGGCAAAAAAAUGAAGCGCGCCAAGGACAAGGUUCGAAUUCGCAAAAAGUAUGCCGCGCUUCUGGAAGAAAUAGGGGGACUACCGGAGGAUUAUGGGGGAAGUGGUGAGGACGGCGAAGCUGACGAAGAAAAUAGUGACGAGAGUGAUGACGACUCGUUAAAUCGCUUCAGUGACGUUGAAAUGGAGAAAUCUGAGGGGUCGUGUGAAGGGUCGCCUGAAGUUUUUGGUGAGGUUGAGGCAACACUUGAUCUUGAUGCAGAGUCCAAGGCCGUGAAACUGCAGCGCGACGUGCGCAUAAAGCAACAAAUGACUUCUUCUGACCUCGGAAGUAAAGCCGAGCUCAAGUACAAGCUACGGCGCAGCGAAAUGAAAAAGAAAAAGAAAGAAAUGAUCAUGCAAGAGCGGGAGGCCGAGACGGCAAAGCAGCAUGCGGAGCGUGAAGAAAGGAGGCAGGUCCUACGGGCCGCUCUCGGCACUGAUGACGAGGGCGCAAUACACCUGAGCGGCAAGGAAAAGCGAAAACAGCACGCUCGCGCAGUGAAGCAACGCUUGGCUGCCGAACGCGCGGAAAAGAAGAAGAUGCGUGCCUCUAAUAACCUUGGUGUCACCCGCGAAGCGCGGCAACGCCUGGCUUCGGAUGCGGCAGCAGAGGCGAUCGACACCCGCUUCCAAAGUAAGUUGCUUAGUGAUCCACGUUUCCAUCUUGACGUUGCUCAAAAAGACCGAAGACAUAAUCCUGACGUCGUUGGUUUGGCCGCCACUGUCGUGAACGCUCGGCAGGGGAGGCGGCAGCAUGAGCGAAAUGAAGCAAGGGAUGACGGGGCAGUUGAGUAUUUUCUAGGCAGACCGAGUAAGAAAGCAAAAAGGGAGUAG